CAGGUCCAGUACUGCAGACAAGGGAGACCUGCUUUAUUUACGGACUCGACUCGACACAGCUUUUUUAUCGCCCCCAAAACUGUCUCAGCUCAUCAUCAAGAAUCGAAUCAUCUAUCCUUCUUUCAACUCCAGUUGAAAAGUUACAUUAUCUGGCUGUCUUAAGGCCCUAGUUGUAAAGGUCCCUGCAAUUGUGUCAGAGAGCGAGAGAGAGAGAGGGUGCUGGUUCGCAAAGCCACUUAACCUCUGCGAGCUAAGGGUCCUCUCUCAUUUCCUUCAAUUAUCUUGAUGGAUGCUUUAAUUGUAAUUUGUUGAUGAUACUGUGGAGAAAAGGCUUGAACAUUUGAAGUGCGUUGAAAAGUUGGUAUCAUGGGCUCUGUGUGCUGCUGCUUGCGAGAUGAGUGUGAAGAUUUUGCCAAUCCAAACAGCUCGGUCUAUAGGAACUGUAUCUGCCUUCGAUGUUUCCUUCAGAACUUUUUCCAUAUGUACACAUCCUUGUUUCACAGGGAAGACCAGCAUGCUGUUCCUUCAUCCACUCAGGGAGCAGCAUCCUUGAGCUCGACAGCAUCACUUGAUAACUCUCUGUCUGACAUGUAUCGUUCUCCUCCGAGGCCAUUGCCUUAUGAUGCUGAUCCAAGAUAUUUCCGUUUGCAACGGGAUGGACUGGUCUCAAGAAGGGAGAAGGGGUCAAGCCAUGCACACGAGGAAACUGAGCCUCUGAGAAGAAGCGAGGUUGAUGAAGAUUCUGAACCAUUAAGUACUGGAGGAAAAUGGAAUAAUUGUACAGGUGUAGAAGAAUCAAAAGAAUACAAUUCCAGAUCUUCGUUGAAGCUUUCUGCAGCUAAAACAACUACUGGAUUUGCACAUAUUUAUUCUUCUUCUGAAGAUGAAGAUGUCUGCCCAACAUGUCUUGAAGAAUAUACUAAAGAGAACCCAAAGAUCAUUACAAAAUGCUCGCAUCACUUUCAUCUUGGUUGUAUAUAUGAGUGGAUGGAGAGAAGUGAUAACUGUCCAGUUUGUGGCAAGGUGAUGGCAUUCGAUGAGACGCCUUGAUGUUUGGGCAGAGGAUCCUGUUGUGGAUGAAAACGAGCCCCCAACAGGAAAGCUGACAGGAGACAAAGAAGUGUAAAGUCACUGUAAAUACCACAUGCUUGAAAUCUGAGUCUUACAUUGUAUGUAAAUGUGAGACCCAUUGUUCAUCUAAACUUUCAUUCUGUAACGGUUUCUUUGAAACUCUGUAUGGUGUUGGGCAUAGGUUACCGGCUGCAGUUCUCCUUCAUAUGUAAAUUUAGAGAGGAGUCGGAGCCGUGUGAUUUGCGUUGGAAGCGCCCAUUUGUGGCCCAAAAUAAGGGCAAAAAAAACUGGACGAAGGAAUGGAGAAUUUACACAAAUUUUGUCCAAGCAAGCUCUUUUACUUUA